AUGACUUUACCAUUUGCGAAGAAACGAAACGCAAACUUUGCCUCAUCACCCCAACGCGUGGUUACAGUGCGUGUCGCUCUCUACCUGGAGUGCGGCUGCCUGUCGGUAGGAGGCGGCGAUGGCGCCCUUGACGAGGUCGCGGUGUGUUCGCGCGUGUCUGCCGCCGCGGGGCUGCCGGCGCCGCUACCGCCGAGCGCGAGCGCCAGCCCGCUGAUGCUGGAGACACACCACCACGUCACCACGGCCCCUGCCAUGUCGGCGCGCCGUACGAUCGCUGCGACU